GUCAAAACUUUCAGCAACUCGCGAAAAAAAAACGCAGAAAAUUCCGUGCGUGUGCAUUUAUUUUUCGGAAAAUUCGUCGAAAAAUCAAACUUUCCUUCCAAAAUUCAGUGCUCGCGGUAUGCGCUAGCAGCCAGUGACAACGAUCCGUGUGAAUUCCACCCGCCCGCGAUGUCCCUGUUCCGAAAGCCGAAAAAACCGAUCCAGCGCCGUGUUUUCACCAGCUACGACGACGACGAUGAAGAGGGCGGCGGAACACCCGCGGCGGCCGCCACCACCACCAACAAUGGCGCCGAUUCCACCGCCAAGGAUAACCGAAUGGAAGUGGACCCGUCUCCGCCUCCGCCGCCGUCGUUCAGCGGAUCGGAUGGCUUAAAACGAUCGAAGAAAGAUAAAAAGGACAAGAAGAGCAGCGGCACCGGCAGCGGAGGAUCCUCGUCAGCUUCCGGCGGGACGUCCAAGGCCACCUCCAAAAUGUCAUUACUAAGUUUCGACGAUGAAGAGGAAGGCGAAAUAUUCCAAGUGAAGAAAACCUCCCAGAGCAAGAAGGUCAUGAAGUCGCUGGACAAAGAACGUCGCCGCAAAAAACAUGCCGAGAAAAACGGUUCCAGCUUCGGUGGAGAUUCAUCGUCGUCAAAGUCUGCCGUCGUCGUCAAAUCGUCGUCUCCCGGAAAUAGCAACAGCAGUAGCAGCAGUGCACUGAAAAAUCGCAGCUCGGAAGAGCCGGACAAAGAUAACAAACAUAAAAGGGAAAAGUGUGAAAAAUCUAGUUCUAAUAUCCAAACAGAAAUACGCACAGACGACUUUGUGCUGGUGGUCAAGAAAUCCGAUCCGAACUUGCAGCAACAGCAGAUUCUGAACGGCCGAGCUGCCCUCUGUGCCGGCAGGGAUGACAUGUCCUCGGAGGAAGAAGAGGAAGAUGAAAGCGCCGGCGAGGGUCACCACCACCGGUUCGCCAAACCGGACAACUUCAAGAUGUAUCUGGAGAACGGGGUCAUUCCGGAUGCGGCCAUGAUUCAUGCCGCUCGCAAACGGCGGCAGAAAGCGAGGGAGCAAGGUGAUUUCAUUCCGGUGGAUGAACCCAAGGAGGAUAAGAGCAAGAAACGGGUGGUCCGAGAAGAUGGAGCAGGUGAUGGGUCAGACGAGGAUGACGAUCGAAUCGACAUGGCGGCCAUCACGGGUGCGAAGGAACGCGAAGAACGGCGGGAGCAGUUCUAUUCCGUUCAACGAGAAGAUUCCGCCGAGGAUUCCGACCUGGAGACGAAAGAAUGGGAAAAUCAACAGAUUCGCAAGGGAGUUACCGGCGCCCAGUUGGUAUCCGCUCACCAGGAAUCGGUCAUCUCGCAGUACAUGAUCCAGGGUUACAGUCAGUCCUAUCAGUCCAACGAAGACGAUAGUAUCCUAUCGACGGGUGCCCUUCUGGAGCAAGCGUACGCCAAAACGUCCGGUCUGACGAAGGCCAGCACCAAGGCUGCUUCUGCCGGGCUCAUUGCGCGAGUUGCUACAGCCGGAAAAGACCAGAAGGCAUCCGGUCCCCGAAUGCCGCAGGAGAUCCUGAAACAGCUGAAUGAGAAACUCCAAACCACAAAGGAACUUAAUUUCAAACAUAUCACCGACAUCGAAAGGAUCACCCAGGAGGUGAAAGUACUUAAGCUGGAUCAUCUGCAGAGCGAGCAGAAGGCACCGGUUGCGGCGGCCAAGUAUCGGUUCUACCAGGAAAUCAAGUGCUACGUCAGCGAUUUGGUGGAGUGCUUGGACGAAAAACUGCCGCUGAUAGUGGGGCUGGAGCAGCGAGCGAUCGCAACGAUGGCCAAGUAUUCCAGCAUGCUCAUCGAACGGAGACGGCAGGACGUGAGGGAUCAAGCCAAGGAGAUGGCCGACGCCAACAAGGGCAUCAGACGACAGCACGACGAUCCGGAUCGCAUUCGACGUGCCGCAGAACGAGAAGGUCGACGGACGCGUCGCCGAAGGGAUCGCGAGAAGAACGAAACGGCCGAUUCCCACCUCGAUGGAAUGUCCAGCGAUGAUGAGGUGGCCGACAUUGAAGUUUCGCAGUACCAAGCGUCGCUCAAGGAGAUCGCCCUGGAAGCGAAGCAGAUAUUCGUCGAUGCAGGCGAAGAGUAUUGCGAAGUUGGCGAGAUUCUGGACAGGUUCCAGAACUGGCGCUCGGCCGAGCUGGAUUCUUACAAAGAUGCCUACGUCAGUUUAUGUCUGCCGAAGGUGUUUGGGCCACUGAUCCGAUUGAAGUACGUCGCGUGGAAUCCGGUUAGCGGGGAAGACGCAAUCGACUUUGAACGGGAAGCAUGGUAUCGAAGUUGUUGCCUCUACGGUCGGCAACCCGGCGAGACGGAAGCUAGCUUAGCUGAAGACCCUGAUGUGCGCUUAAUACCCACGCUCAUCGAGAAAAUCGUACUUCCAAAGUUGACCGUACUGAUAGAACAGGUUUGGGAUCCACUGUCGACGACCGAAACACUGAAACUAGUGCGACUGAUCAAUCGGCUCAGCCGAGAUUAUCCAUCACUACGGCGAACCUGCAAACAGCUGAGAUUACUUUUCCAAGCCAUUCUGGACAAACUAAAGCUGGCGAUCGAUAACGACGUAUUCAUUCCAGUGUUUCCCAAACAACUGCAGGAAGCCAAAUCGUCCUUCUUCCAGCGGCAGUUUUGCAGCGGACUGAAACUACUGCGGAACAUCACCUGUUGGCAGGGCGUCAUUGCCGAUGGUCCCCUGACAGAGCUGGCGAUCGGUUCGCUGCUGAAUCGGUACCUCCUGAAUGGGAUGCGCGUUUGCACGCCGACCGAUGCCAUCAACAAGGCCUCGAUGAUUGUGUACACUUUGCCGCGGGUUUGGCUGACGGCCGGAUCGUCCGUCGUGCAGAGUAUGACCCAGUUCAUUGCCAUGCUGCAGCACGUCAACAGCCAGCUGGAUCCAGCCAUCGGGAAUCAUGGGGAAUUGAUCGAAAAACUACAAAAGAUAUUAGCUAGUUUGCACGUAGCUUCUUAAAAUCACAUCAGCGCUAUCUCACCAUGGACCCAUGGAAGCCCCUAUCGUUGGAAAUAGUCUACCACUAGCUUAGGAAUUAAAUUUAGGUGAAUGAAUGUGUAAAUUCAAUCUGAAGACAUAGCUUUUACACUCAAAAAAAAAACAACCCGAACUAAGGUUUUUUGCAACUGUUAAGAUUACGUUCAUGGUACUUGAUAUUUAACAUUAGGAAAACACACAGUGUUGCAUAAGGUCGGGGACCGCCGGCGACGAAGCAGAGUGAAGUUCUGUUGCACUAUGCAACCCUUCGAUUGCGGCCGAUGCGCGCGAGGAAACCAACGAAGUUGUGGACUAGUUCAGGUAAGUUGAUGUUUGUACUUUUAGCUAUACAUACGUGGGAGACAGUGGCGUUUUUCUCAAAUCUUCCCGCUAUCGGUUGCUUCGAAGGGCGAUUGCAUAGUGAAACGGUUAUAACUCUGGUAUUGAUUGGCUUACCCUGAAGAUAAGAUAUCGUUUUUUUUUAAUAGUAUGUUUAACGUUUCAACAAACCCAGAAUCAAUAAGAUGCAAUCACACAUAGUUUGAAACUCAGUAACCAAUUCUGUAACAUUCUGGAACAAAACGUUUGAUAAUCGUAGCUCAAGUUCAAUAGUUUUCUAAAAAUAUAUUCAAUGAUGCAUUAAUUAA